CGGCCUUAUGCAGUAUGCACAUUUGACUUAAGUCAAGGUUGAAAUUAUGACAUAAAAACGACAUUUGACAGCAAUUUCAAUAUUUGGUAUGCAGUAUGACACACAUUUCAAUUUAUUGAAAGUAGACGUUUCAAUAAAUUGAAAUCACACCAAGUGACCUUGUAGAUUACAAGAAUCUAUAUGCACUAAUGCAAAAAUUGAAAUAAUUUUCAAGUCAAGGUUGAAAUCAAAUCAAUUUUUCAAACGUAUUGAAAAAUCUAGCACGUUAUACAUACUUGAAAUGAGUAAAAAGUGUGGUUAAACAUUAAAAAUGGACUUAAAUUUUUUGGUAGAAAUAUUAGAAGAGGAUAGGAACAGGCGAAAUGUUAAUCUACAUCGUAGACAUCUAAGAGACACUAGUGACCCUUUAUCUCUGCCAGAGGAACAUUUUAGGGGCAUAUUUAGAGUUUCGAGAGAACUAGCACAUUGGGUGCUCACACAACUCCUACCUCACAUGAGAGAUUGUGCACGUAACACAUCCAUUCCAAAGGGGUUAAGGGUAAACAAAUCAUUUGUGUUUGUUUAUCACAAGGUUUGUUAAAUUUUAGUUCUUUACUACUUUGCAUUUUUUGAGCCAAGGCUCUUAUCAAAAAGGUAUUGGUCAAGAUUAUUUGACGAAUAUGCAUCAAAGUUCUGUGAGCAGAUGCAUCACAGAAGUAACAGAUGUUAUGGUAGAAGUAUUGGGUUAUACCAUACAAUUUCCAGAAGGAGAAGCUGAAAAAAAUCAGGAAAAGCAAUUGUUUAUUGGCAUAGGUGGAUUUCCUGGUAUAAUAGGGUGCAUUGAUGGCACCCAAAUAGCCAUAGUAGCACCAAAAACAGAACACCCAGAAAUGCCAGGGGUUAUUUUUUAUUGCAGAAAGCAAUAUUAUAGUUUAAAUGUGCAGAUAUUGCAGAUUUGUAAUGCACAGCUAAAAAUAACUAAUAUCAAUGCCAGAUUCCCUGGAUCCGUACAUGAUUCGGCGAUAUGGCAAACAUCAUUAGUGAGAAGGCAUUUGGUAAAUAAUUAUGUUGGAAAUAGAAACCAAACGACUUAUUUAUUGGGAGAUUCAGGUUACCCACUGGAACCAUGGCUACUCACUCCAAUAGCAAAUCCAUUAACCGAUGCAGAAAGACAAUUCAACCGUCGCCAUAUUAAUAUUAGAAAUACUGUGGAGAGGACUAUUGGUGUAUUAAAACAACGCUUUCGAUGCUGCCUUAAACACAGGACAUUGCAUUAUUCUCCCGAACGCGCUGCACACAUUAUUUAUUCGGCUGCCAUAUUGCACAAUCUUUGCAUUACUCGAAAUGAAUAUCUUGAUGACAUUAAUGGUAACGGUAAUGGAGAAGAGUUUAAUGACUGUCAUGAUGCAGGCAACAUUGAUAACAAUAUUGAUGGUGUAGGUGUAGAUCUGUAGAUCAUGCCGAAAGAAACUUUUUACGUUAUGGCCGUAAUAUGAGGAACAGAGUGGUGGAUAAUUACUGCAUAUAGCUAUAAUAAACCAUUGAAUAAUAAACAUUUAUUAUGUAGAUGUACUUAAAACUAGAGUAAAUAGGUUUAAAAUCGCAUCAUGCAGAGCAUGCAAACUUUUUUGAAUAGCGAGUAAACUAUUUUUUAGUUUUGUUGAGCCGCUUUUCAAUGUGGUGUAUAAAUC